AUGCUUGUCUCUAGCGUUCUCUCAGCCCUCGGCCUGGCCAGCCUGGCCAUGGCUGGACAGGGGGAGGUCGCUGAGCGUCAAACGCAGAAACUAAGGAUCAUGCCGCUCGGCGACAGCAUCACCGAGAUCACCUGCUGGCGCGCGUUCGUGUGGGACCAGAUCGCGGCGGCCGGGUACGCCGACAAGGUGCAGUACGUGGGGUCGCAGAACAGCAACCCGCAGAACUGCAAGCCCAACACGACCAACUGGGACGAGCACCACGAGGGCCACUCGGGCUGGCUGGCCAUCGACAUCGCCAACAACUACCUGGCCACGUGGCUCAAGAACACGCCGGCCGACAUCGUCAUGUUCAUGCUCGGCACCAACGACGUCGUGCGCGGGCACACCACCAACGACAUCAUCGCCGCCUACACCAAGAUGGUCAACAUCAUGCGGGCGGCGAACCCCAAGAUGAAGAUCAUCGUCGACCUAGUGAUCCCGCUAGGCAUCGGCUCGUCGAGCGGCAUCACGGCGCUCAACGCGCGCAUCCCGGACUGGGCCAAGGGGCUCAACUCGACCGAGUCGCCCAUCGUGAUCGCCGACUGCAGCACGGGCUUCCCGACGUCGGACCUGCGCGACGGCGUGCACCCGAACCUGGCCGGCGACCAGAUCCUGGCCUCGCGCAUCGGCCCGCUGCUGCUCAACUACAUCAGGGAGUCGCUGGCUUGA